AUGGAGUCGGUAAAACAAAGGAUUUUGACCCCCGGCAAGGAGGGAAUGAAGAAUUUUGCUGGGAAAUCGCUCGGUCAACUCUACAGAGUCCUAGAGAAGAAACAGAAGCCUGGGGACAACAUCGAACUGACAGAAGAUGGGAAACCCCUGGAAGCGCCCGUUAAGAAAGCCCCAAUGUUCGACUGUACCUGCUUUGGGCUCCCCCGGAGGUACAUCAUUGCCAUCAUGAGUGGACUGGGAUUCUGCAUCUCUUUUGGAAUCCGUUGUAAUUUGGGAGUAGCCAUCGUGGAUAUGGUCAAUAACAGCACCAUACACCGAGGAGGAAAAAUUAUUAAAGAGAAAGCGAAGUUUAAUUGGGACCCUGAAACAGUUGGCAUGAUCCAUGGCUCUUUUUUCUGGGGAUAUAUAGUCACUCAAAUCCCUGGGGGAUAUAUAGCAUCCAGACUAGCAGCUAACAGGGUGUUUGGGGCUGCCAUAUUGCUGACCGCCACUCUUAAUAUGCUAAUACCAUCUGCUGCUAAGGUGCAUUAUGGGUGUGUCAUCUUUGUCCGGAUCUUGCAGGGCCUUGUAGAGGGUGUCACUUAUCCUGCCUGCCAUGGGAUAUGGAGCAAGUGGGCCCCUCCUUUAGAAAGAAGUAGGCUAGUAACCACUUCUUUUUGUGGUUCCUAUGCAGGAGCUGUUAUUGCAAUGCCUUUAGCUGGGAUUCUGGUGCAAUAUACUGGAUGGUCUUCUGUGUUUUAUGUGUAUGGGAGCUUUGGGAUGGUCUGGUAUAUGUUUUGGCUUUUGGUGUCAUAUGAGAGUCCUGCAAAGCACCCAACAAUCACAGAUGAAGAGCGCAGAUACAUAGAGGAGAGCAUUGGAGAGAGUGCCAACCUCUUAGGUGCAAUGGAAAAAUACAAGACUCCAUGGAAAAAAUUUUUUACUUCUAUGCCUGUCUAUGCAAUAAUUGUUGCAAACUUCUGUAGAAGCUGGACUUUUUAUUUGCUGCUUAUUAGUCAGCCUGCUUACUUUGAAGAGGUGUUUGGGUUUGAAAUAAGCAAGGUGGGUAUGUUAUCUGCUGUGCCGCAUUUAGUGAUGACCAUUAUUGUGCCUAUCGGGGGACAGAUUGCAGAUUUCCUAAGAAGCAGGCAAAUUCUUUCAACCACUAUGGUGAGAAAGAUAAUGAAUUGUGGAGGUUUUGGUAUGGAAGCAACUCUUCUUCUGGUGGUGGGGUAUUCUCAUAGUAAAGGAAUGGCUAUUUCAUUCUUAGUACUCGCUGUGGGCUUCAGUGGAUUCGCCAUAUCCGGAUUCAAUGUCAACCAUUUAGACAUAGCCCCAAGGUAUGCCAGCAUCUUAAUGGGAAUUUCUAAUGGAGUUGGGACAUUAUCUGGAAUGGUUUGCCCUAUAAUUGUUGGAGCAAUGACAAAGAACAAGACACGUGAAGAGUGGCAGUAUGUCUUCCUUAUUGCUGCUUUAGUGCAUUAUGCAGGAGUUAUAUUCUAUGGCAUAUUUGCUUCGGGAGAGAAACAACCUUGGGCUGACCCUGAACAGACAAGUGAAGAGAAAUGUGGUUUCAUUCAUGAAGAUGAACUUGAUGAAGAGACAGGGGACAUUACUCAGAAUUACGUAAAUUAUGGUACCACUAAGUCUUAUGGUGCUACGACCCAGGUCAAUGGUGGUUGGCCAAAUGGUUGGGAGAAGAAAGAAGAAUUUGUACAAGAGGAAGUCCAAGACUCAUUCAGCCAUAAGGAAAGAGAAGAUUAUUCAUAA